AUGAAUAAUAUAGUUAAUUUAGAAAGUGAAGCUGAUAUUGCAAAUAGAAAACAAUGUUGCACCCAAGAUAAUUCCUCUUUUUGGAUCAAUAAAGCUAAUUUUUUCUUUAAACAAUCUAGAGAUGUGGUGAAAAUGGCAGUUCUAAAUUUGGAAGAUAAAUUAUUUCUUGAAAAUCCUUAUUUAGAGAUAAAAAGCAAAUUUCAAUUAAUCUUGGAAAACUUAAUUAAAAAUAACCAAAUCAAUGAAAAUAUUUUAUCUCAUAUUAAUAAACUUUCCAAGAUAAAUAACGUGGAUCAUGGAUUUGAAAUUAUAAGUGAGCUAAGUGCCAAAAACUACCAAUCAUUAGAUGAUAUUGAUUCUAUUAUGAUGACUUUUGUACAAAAAAAAAUUGAAAAUAUGUUAAGGUUUUUUAAAGCAAGCUCAACAUUUUGGGAAAAGGAUCACUCAGAGUCAUUUAAAACUGGUUUAAUUUUUCUUCCAAUGAUGUUUAAUCUAUUCUAUGGAAAAUAUAAUAUAAAAACAUCUAAAGAUUUGGAACUUGUAAUCACUGAAAAUGGAAAAAAACAACCUAUAGAAGAUAUCAGAAAAGAAAAGUCAGAUACUGUCAAAUUGUGUGGAGAACUUCAAUACAUGAUUAAUCUUAUAUAUAAGAAAUUGGAAAUUGAGAAGCAGCCAAGAUUCAUGAAUAAAUUUAAAGAAUUUAAAGUUUUUGGUUUAAUAAAAUCUGGUAAAAUCAAUAAUAAUCUAUCUAAUCUUUUUCUCAAUGUAAUAAAAUUGUAA